CACAGACAGUAUCGCGACAGUUUUACAGCCAAUUUUAAUAGCUGACACUUUAAAAAGAAAGUUACGGGAAUUAGAUAGAUAGAUCUAUAUCAUUUCCAGCAACAUGUUCAGCAGGGGAUUUGCAGCUGGAGCUGUGACGUCUGUCGCUGUUUAUGCACUUUAUUCCUCGUUAGUUCAGCCGACAAGAAAAGAGAUUGAAGCGGACAUUCGUGCGAUUCGGACCCCUGAAGAGCUGGUAAGAGACAAGAGUCUGAAGGGAUCCGAUAUCUUGAAGUAUGGUACACCAGACAGAGGCGCUCAAACCAGGGUUUAUAUCAACCAUGCAUUGAGCUAUGAUCAAGAUAGACGUACACCACAUUGGGUAGCAGAGCAUAUCACCAAAGGAGACCUCCAAGGUACAGCAAACAGGAAGAAAGCAAACUUCAAGAUGGACCCAAACCUUAAUGCCACAUAUUCCUCUAUGAACAGUGACUACAAGGGAAGUGGAUGGUCAAGGGGUCACAUGGCUCCAGCAGCUGAUAACAAGUUUAGUCAGGAAGCCAUGGAUGAAACCUUUUACCUGACAAAUAUUGUUCCUCAAGAUAUUGACAACAACAUGAACUUCUGGAACCUGAUGGAGAUCUACUGUCGUGACCUAACGGCUAAAUUCAGUGAAGUUAGGGUGAUUUCUGGCCCUUUGAUGAUGCCUAAUGUCAACGAGGGUGACAAGCAGUAUGUCAAAUAUGAGGUAAUCGGAAAGAACUUAGUUGCAGUGCCGACGCAUCUCUUUAAGGUCAUUGCUGUGGAGUCAAAUGAGAGCUCAGCAGAAACUGUGGGUGUCGGUGCCUUCGUGGUUCCCAACGCUCCAAUCGACUCGACCAAACACACCCUCAAGGAAUACAAGGUCAGCCUGGAUGUCUUGGAGAAAUCCGCAGGGACAUCUUUUCUACCCAACCUGACCAGGAGCUCCAUGGUGGAUCUCUGCUCCCUGGAUACUUGUGAGCUGAAGAGCAAGAAGGAGCUGGAUCUCUUCUUCAUCACGAAAAGAAUCAACGAGGCAACGACGGUGAACAGGCUGGACACAUCUUGGAAGGAACUCGAGAGCCGCAGGAUCGUGCCCGAUGAUAACUUGAGGAACCUUUACACUCAGAAGAGACAGGUCUUGAUGGAGAAGGAAUGGGGACACCAGCAAGCGAAAGCAAACGGGACUAGCUGAUGAUCUCUCUUUGUUAAAGUGUCAAUGAUUCUUGAACAACUUGCCAAAGAAGGACAUUUUUAGACUGAGAUGGAGCUGUACAGCUGUACUCCUUACUUUACCCUUGAAUUGAAUUUUGACAUACAUGUAGGCUUCUAUUAGAGGGUUAAGCCCACCAGUAGCAGAAUUUUAGUGGCAUAUUUAGUAACGUGCAAUUCUCACAUGAUCACAUGUUUCUAACUUAAGUUUUGAUACAUUACAUUUUAUAUUCAAUCAGGUGAAAUCUUUUUAUAUAUUUAUUCUAUAUAGGAAAAUUAUGACAUAAACACUGAAUCUACAUGUUUGUCACCUCGUGAAUUUGUCAGUCCAAGAAUGUCAAAACUGAAUGCAUUUCAUGUUUUUUAAAACAACAUUCCUGCAUGACUGAAAAGAGCAAAACUAAUUAUUGAGAGAUAAUAGGGAGAUAAAAGCUUUUCAAUUUCACUUAGGUAUACAUUGCAUAAAACUUGCAAUCGAAAGCAAAUCUAUUUGAUAUCCCCAAAUCAAUCUUAUAUCUUGCAGUAAAUUGCUAUUUGCAAUUGAUUGCUAAUGUUCUUCCUGCAGCAAGUUGUGUCCCUUGCCACCUGUCUCUUUAAUUGUAAAUCGUUUUGCUAAAUACUUACAGCUGAAUGCUAAAGUGGAUCUAUCAAUUGGAAAAUUACAACAACAACAAAAUUGCAAUUGAUGGCAAAUAUUUCUUGCAACACUCUUUUAUAGUGGCAGUUUCAUUUAC